UUGCUAUUCACGAGCGAAUCCACCUCUAGAGAGAGAGAGAGAGAGAGAGAGAGAGAGAGAGAGAGCGAGAGGAGGAAGACGAUGCCGGAGAAAUCCAUGGACAACGCCAUGGAGGCGGCGUCGGGGGCGCACUUCAGCGGCCUCCGCCUCUCCUCCUCCUCCUCCGCCCCCUCCUCCCCCUCCUCCGCCAAGGCCUCCUCCGUCCGCUCCUUCUCCCCCUCCGCCGCCGCCUCCGCCGCCUCCGCCGCAGCCGGCGCCCACCGCCAACCCUUCGUCAUCGGGGUUUCGGGGGGUACGGCGUCGGGGAAGACGACGGUGUGCGACAUGAUCAUCCAGCAGCUUCACGAUCAUCGCGUCGUUCUCGUUAAUCAGGAUUCAUUCUAUCGAGGCCUGACUGCUGAGGAGUCUGAACGAGUCCAGGACUAUAAUUUUGAUCAUCCUGAUGCCUUUGACACUGAACAACUUCUAGAGUGCAUGGGCAAGCUUAAAGAUGGCCAAUCUGUCAAUGUCCCAAUAUAUGAUUUUAAGAACCACAGGCGGUGCUCUGAAAGUUUUAGAAAGGUCAAUGCAUCAGAUGUCAUCAUUUUGGAGGGCAUUUUGGUCUUCCAUGACCAACGGGUUCGUGAUUUGAUGGACAUGAAAAUUUUUGUUGACACAGAUGCUGAUAUUAGGCUUGCUCGAAGAAUAAGACGUGAUACAGUUGAAAGAGGUAGAGAUGUUAACUCGGUGCUUGAACAGUAUGGGAGGUUUGUCAAACCUGCAUUUGAUGAUUUUGUUCUGCCUUCAAAAAAGUAUGCUGAUGUGAUCAUACCACGGGGAGGCGACAACCAUGUUGCAAUAGAUUUAAUUGUACAACAUAUUAGGACGAAGCUCGGUCAGCAUGACUUGUGCAAAAUCUAUUCCACUGUAUUUGUAAUUCAAUCAACUUUCCAGAUCAGGGGAAUGCAUACACUUAUUCGUGAUAGGGACAUAACUACCCCAGAUUUUGUCUUUUAUUCAGACAGGCUUAUUCGGCUCGUAGUGGAGCAUGGUCUUGGGCAUUUGCCGUUCACUGAGAAACAGGUUGUUACACCGACAGGAUCUGUAUACAUGGGAGUUGACUUUUGCAAGAAGCUUUGUGGAGUGUCUAUUGUCCGAAGUGGUGAAAGCAUGGAGAAUGCCCUGCGUGCCUGCUGUAAAGGAAUAAAAAUCGGUAAAAUUCUCAUACACCGUGAUGGAGAUAAGGGCAAACAGCUUAUAUACCAGAAACUGCCUAACGAUAUUGCUGAGCGGCAUGUUCUACUUCUUGAUCCAGUGCUUGCCACAGGUAACUCGGCGAAUCAAGCUAUUGAGCUUCUCUUGCAGAGGGGAGUUCCUGAGUCUCGAAUAAUAUUCCUAAAUCUUAUCUCGGCACCUGAAGGGAUUCACUGCGUAUGCAAGCGAUUCCCUUCAUUAAAGAUUGUCACCUCGGAGAUUGAUGUCGCAUUGAAUGAAGAGUUCAGGGUCAUCCCAGGAUUGGGCGAGUUUGGAGACCGCUACUUUGGCACCGACAACUGAUGGCGGCAGUCUCAGUUCACGUCGCUAAAUUCAGAAAUUGAAUUACUUUAAGAGGGAAAAUUCGAAAUGUGAAGUAACACUGCUCGUAGCAUCAAUUAUAUUUGUCAAUACUGCAAAGGGAAUGAUUUGAGCGCUCCACCUUUGAGAGGCUCUUGGCAACAGCAUUAAGCUACCAAUUUGCAUGGUUCUCUUUUUCUUUUCUUUUCCCUUAGAUCUUUUUUUCUCUUUGUUUCCUUUUGGGCCUGGUGAGAACUAGAAUGUGUAUAGGAUGGCGUGCUCAGCCAUACAAACUGUAGCAUUCUCUGAUUCGUUCCCAAGGGCUUGAUAAUUUUCGAGUUUUAGAAACAAAGAGAUGUGAUUCUAUUUUGUGUUUGCAUAUUUAAAGAAGCUGCAGGACAUUUUGUCACCUAUGA